UUUAUUAUUCCAAUUUUCUGUUUUGCACCUGUCUCCACUACUGCUCUAGAAAAUCCCUCUCGUGCAUGUGAACACACAGUCGAUCAAAAGUAGACGCAGGCUUGAAUUCUUUAACCAGUUUUGUUGAUUAAGGUGUUACUAGGAAAAAUAUGUCGGGCAACGACGAAGUCAAUGCACAAAUGGAAGAUGUUAUGGAGGACUCUAGCAAGCAAAUGACAUCAAGUCAACAGGAAGAGGAAGCUGUUAAGAAGAAAUAUGGAGGAAUAAUGCCAAAGAAACCACCACUAAUUUCAAAGGAUCAUGAACGAGCCUACUUUGAUUCUGCUGAUUGGGCCCUGGGAAAACAAGGUGUAGAGAAGCCGAAAGGACCACUUGAGGCACUGCGGCCAAAGUUACAGCCUACACAACAGCAGACACGAUACCGCAAAUCUCUUUGUGCUCCUGCAGAAAAUGAAGAUGGAAAUGCUCCCCCGCCAGAGGAUGGGGCUCCAAAGGAAUGAAACACCAUCUAUCAUUAUUUCUUGUGGAGUUAAUUGAACGUUACAUCAUUAUUAGUUGAGUAACUUUCUUCUGAAAUAAAAAUUUAUUUGCUUAAGAGAAGAAUGCAUCUACUGAUUGUACUUGCUGCUGUACUUUGCGAGAGCCAAGGGGUCUUCCUGAUCUUAGUCCUGUUGUAAAAUACUUUCGCGCUAUUCUGUCAUCAAAGAAUGUAGAAUCAAGAUUCCAGACCAUUUCUUUGAUUCCUGAAAAACAUAUAAAUUUAUGUACUCUUUCUCUU